ACCUAUAAAAUGCUCAAACCAAUUCGAAAAACAAUUAAAUUCUCGACAUUUUCCUGGAAGUUUUACAAAUAAUUCUUCUUCGUCAUCAUUCAUUCGUCAAAGAUGGAACAAACAGCGAGAAAGAUACCACGACCUCGGCCUCUUGAGACCUGUGGUGCUACCAUACUCUCCAUGUCUCGCGUCCUUUACACAAGAACCAAGACUCCGAACAAUCCAGCCUCCUUCCUCGUGCAGAAACUCUUCCAACUCCUUUUCUUCUUCGCCUCCAUGACAAGUCCCUUCCGUCGCCACCUUCUCGCAAUCCUCUCCGUAGCCGACGACCACAUCCUCGCAAUCGAGGCUUACUUCCCUUCAACCACCUUCUUCUUCCACAAGAUCUCCGGUUUGCUAACCGCAGCAGAGUCCCUGCCUAUGAAACUCGACGCGUUUCUUGAGAAACUUCCAAGAAUGAUGAACAGAGCCGCGUGGGUGGACAUGAUCCUGGUUCAAGCACUUUGUUGGGUUGAUUCUCUUGUGAACGUGUUAGGCCAUUGGAGGGAUAAGAACAAGGGGACAAAUGAGAAAGAGAUCACGGUGGAUAGCAGUUUUAGCAGAACAGGAUCAAUGUCUGAAGAAGAGAUGAAACUGGAGAAUGAUGGGAAAAGAGUGAGUUACAAGGAGGCGUUACAGAGAGGAAGCAGCGGUGAAGAUGGUGGAGGAAGCACCGGUCGCAGCAGCAGCAACCAGGGAGAUCCUAUCUUGGAUCUGUUUGAGAACGGUUGGAUCCAGAAGCCCAUGAAAAGAAGUAGUCGAAGCGCUGAUUCGCUCACAUGCUCUCGUUCUGAUUCCUACGAGACCACCACCUGAGAGGUCUUUUAACUCUCAUAUACGGUUCCACAACAACAACACUAACACAAACUAGUAGACUAUGUUGUCCUACUCCACCUCUAUAACUUUUC